AAUAUUUUUUUAGAAUAUGCUUCGAUUCUUAUGACAUACUAAAUAUGAAUAAUUGUACACAACCAAAUUUGGGCCAUAACUAUUACGAAAUCAACCAUGUGUCAGUUUAGGAACUCAAUUUUCAGAAGUAAAAGGAGAAAGAAAACCGUAAAUCCAAAUCAUAGAAAAACAUAAAAGGGUCGACCCGGUUUGUGUCGCCCGACCCAACCGGAUAGUUGUUGCCCUAAACCGUUUCUGCGUCUUCUUUCGACGCGAAAGUUGUUCCUUCCCUGUUUUCGAAUUCCAUACCCAAAAACAUGGAAAACUUAGCUGCUGACCUCACUACCGGAGCUCCAAACAAAUGGGAUUUCAGAUGCAACUUGGAAGUAGAUUAUGCGUCUGAGGAAGUUGCUCGCAUGGUUUAUGCUGCUCUAGCCGUUGAUAAGGAGUUACAACCAGAUAAGGUGAAAAGGCAUAUGUCAGUAUCCAACGGGAAACUUUCUGUGAAUUUUGAGGCUGUCGAAGCAAGAUUCCUUCGUGCAUCAUACAGUGCUUUUGUCGAUGUUCUUACACUUGCCACCAAGACCAUCGAAGAAUUUGGUCAGGGUUUGAUACAGUGACAUUUUGAGAGGUGUAUUAUUAUUGAAACAAUCUGAUUCUUGAAUAGCUGUAUUGUGUCUCUCAUUAUACUCUAUAUUAUUAUUAUCAUAAAUUGAAAUUGAUCGAAAUCUGAGAUUGCCCAU